AAUAGGAGAGCCACUACCCCGACCACUAUCAGGCUUUGUUUCUACCAUUUAUAAAAGACCUGGCUGUGCCCUACGAUUCUGGAGUUUCCUACCUACGCCAACUAUCUUCAGAUUCUCAGCAUUCUCUUUUGAGCUCUUUGUAGCUAUCAUUCUUUCCUUUUUGGAGCUUUUCAGUGAUACACUCAUUUUAUCACGAAGCUAUACCUCUAGCUACAGUAUACGAUCCUUCGAAUCGAGUCUAGAAGACACGACUAUCCUUCAAAACUACGUAGAAGCUUAACAGCCGAUCCUUCUUUCACGGCAAUUUGACUUUUGCAGUAGCAGAACAAACUUGGCAACAGAACAUUAGAUAUUUACAUCGAUCAGUAUUUCUAUAACAGGAAAAAAAACCAAUCAACAAAAUGCGCUUCUUCGCUCAGAUCGCUGCCAUUGCUGCCACCGCGGCUACCCUCGUUAGCGCCAACUCGGUCACUUUCAUCAACCAGGAUGCCACCACUCGCCACAUCUACUUUACCCCAAGUGCUGGUAACCCAACUAUCAACACCGUUACAGUCGCUGGGAACAAGCAAGUUAAAGUAAACAUCCCGAAUGCUUGGAUUGGUAACGCCUAUGCCGUCAGCGAAGGUAAACCCAACGUCCCUGGCAUGCUUGCAGAGUUUACCUUCCAAGGCUGGAAUGACAUCACAUACUUCGAUGUCUCGGCUAUCGUUAACCCUUCCGACAAGUCUGGCGUUAAGCAAAUUUUCCCGGCUAGCCAACGCAAGAACACCCCUAAGACCUCGGUGUCUGGGUGUCUCCUCUUCCCUUGCGCUACUGCUUACUAUGCGCCCGAUGAUAUCCAGACGGUUACCACCAAGGAGACGGAUCUCAUCGUCACCCUUGGCAACGCCAACGUUGCCUCCCGUGACGUCGAGCCUGGCACUCUCGUCCCCCGCCACUACGUCCUCGGCAAGCUCUCUUAAACGAGCCUUGUUGGUCGAUCAAUGUUAUUUUUUGACGCGCAGUGCGCUGGGCGCUCGACCACGAUGAUAUGAUAGGCGCUACGGUUAUGGAUUUCAAGAUACCCGUUCUACUUCACUUCUCUCACCG